UAUUUGUGUCUUACUCUGUUAGGUGUAAAGAUUUCCCUCUGUGUUACUGGAAUCCCUAUUGGAUGCUGCCCUCUGAUGUUUGUGGAAUGAACUGCUUUUGGGAAGCGGCUCUUAGGUAUAAUCUGAAAAUACAGCCCGUUGAGAGAAUGCACCUAGCUGUAGUUGCCUGUGGCGAAAGACUGGAAGAAACUAUAACCAUGUUGAAGUCAGCUAUAAUUUUCAGCAUCAAACCUCUUCAGUUCCAUAUUUUUGCUGAAGAUCAACUACAUGAUAGUUUUAAAGGCAUACUUGACAGCUGGUCAUUUCUACAAACAUUUAAUUAUUCAUUAUACCCGAUAACUUUCCCAAGUGAGAAUGCAGCGGAGUGGAAAAAACUCUUUAAACCGUGUGCGUCCCAGAGAUUGUUCUUGCCAUUAAUCCUGAAAGAAGUUGACUCACUAUUGUAUGUCGACACUGAUAUCCUUUUUUUACGGCCCGUUGAUGAUAUUUGGUGUUUACUAAAGAAAUUUAAUUCCACACAAAUUGCUGCAAUGGCACCAGAACACGAAGAGCCUCGAAUAGGAUGGUAUAAUCGCUUUGCCAGACAUCCAUACUACGGAAAAACUGGAGUAAACUCUGGAGUCAUGUUGAUGAACAUGACUAGAAUGAGAAGGAAGUAUUUCAAGAAUGAUAUGACAACUGUACGACUACGGUGGGGAGAUAUACUUAUGCCCUUGCUUAAAAAAUACAAACUAAACAUCACAUGGGGUGAUCAAGAUCUGUUGAACAUCAUAUUUUUUCAUAAUCCAGAAAGCCUUUUUGUCUUUCCGUGUCAUUGGAAUUAUCGACCAGAUCAUUGUAUUUAUGGAAGCAAUUGCCAAGAAGCAGAAGAGGAAGGAAUCUUUAUUCUUCAUGGGAACAGAGGUGUUUACCAUGAUGAUAAGCAACCAGCAUUUAGAGCUAUUUAUGAAGCACUGAGAAAUUGUUCUUUUGAAGAUGACGACAUCCGUUCCUUAUUAAAACCUUUAGAACUGGAGCUACAAAAGACAGUGCAUACUUACUGUGGAAAAAUUUAUAAAAUAUUUGUCAAACAGCUAGCAAAAAGCAUACGAGAUCGUUUUGAUAGACCACCAAAGGAGAGGUGAUUCUUGGUGACCACUGAAUCAAAUGAAUUAAAACAGCAAAGGAUUGGAGGAUAUGUGUGAAGGAAAAGUCUUGGAUGAAGUGUUCAGGAAGAAAUUAUUCAUCUUCAGAAUAAUGUUUUUUCCCUGAAGAAGUUAAAUGAGCAAUAUAUUCAUGUAAUGAAGAAUAACUUAAAGUCUUGGACCCCAACAAGAAGACAUUUUUGAUCUCUGAUGUUUUGUAAUGUUAUUUGCUAUCAUUCCAGUAUUGAUGAAAAUAUUAUUGAAUGGUUGUAGCCUACAGACUUCGGUUGACUCUUAUUCUCAAGUGAGUAAGAACACUUGGAGGGGUGUAUGGAUGGAGAAAAUGUACCUCAUACACAGUAGAAACACUCAAACUGUGAGUAUAGCAAUAAUUUUAUGUCAGCACUAACCUCACUUUAAAUGUGUGAGAAAAAAGUUGUUUACAGGAACAGAAAAAGUUCUGUUUCUAAAGAAAUGUGAUGUAACCGAUGUGUAAUUGACAAUCUAUGUGUGCCUUUAUACAUUUCAUCUCUGUUUUAAAAUAUUUUUGUGACAAUCAUGUUUAAAACUAUUUCUAGGUUAUAAGUAAGCUGCACAUUUAAAAUUGAGCUGUACAAGAAAGAAGGAAAAUGGUGAAAAUUUUGGAGUUUUGGUCUCUAUGUGUGUGUUUGUGAAAUGUAGUAUUUUCAUUUGUGUAUGCUAAACUGUCUUGCCAAAA